AUGUCUGUCGAAGACAUCAGAAGCCAAUUCUCAUGCUCAAUAUGUCUGGACACAUUUAAAGACCCAGUCACCACAGAAUGUGAGCAUGACUUUUGCAGACCGUGUAUAACAGAGUAUUGGGAUCGAGAGGAAACGUCCAUCUGUCCCCUUUGUCGACAGUAUUCCUCAGGCAUCUUGAGAACUAAUCGGACACUGGCCUGCGUUGUUGAGAUUCUUCAAUCAAAGAAAGACAACAGUUCAGAAGAAGCAGAUGCAUGUGGUGAAAACAAUUUUGGAUUCCUGCUUCUUGUCAUCCUCAUUUCUGUAAUUGUACUUCUGUGGUCAGUGAGCCCAGAUGCUUCUUCACUUGGAUUUUACCCUAAGGAUUACGACAUGUGUCCUCAGCACAAGGAGAAGCUGAAGCUCUUCUGUGAGGAUGACCAGGAGUUACUUUGUCUUAUCUGCAGGGAUUCAAAUAAGCACGUAAACCAUCAGGUUUUCCCCAUCAGUGAAGCUGCUCGAAUCUACAAGGAUGAUGUGACAAUGACGGAGCAACACAUUAGGAAGGUGUUUGUGCGUCUUCACGAGUUCCUGAGGAUGGAAGAGGAAAGCAUUAUGCGGGAACUGCACAAUGAAGCUUGGCAGCGCUUCACUGUGCUGCAAGAAAUAAUCAUACAGCUGGACUUUGAAUCUACUGCAUUAUCAGAUAUCAUUCGAGUAGUCAGUGAGGAGCUGAUGCAAGAAGAUGCCAUACUAUUCCUAAUGAACAUGAAACCAUUACAAGAAAGAGUUAAAAUGGCAAUUUCUAAUCCCCAAAAAGUGUCUGUGAUGUUGGACAGUGCCAAGUACAAAUUCCUAUUGAUGUACAGUUCCUGGAAAAAAAUGGUCCAUGAAAUCGGCUUUAAUCCCGUCGAUUUCCCUCUUUUCAUUGUGAACGCUGUUCUCCAUUCUUUGGCAGUGCCACUGAGUCUGGAUCCUGAGACUGCACACCGGGACCUUCUCAUCUUCAACAACAUGACCAAUGUCAUCUUCAGCCAAAGUUCGACGAAGCCUCCCGACACCAGCUCGCGAUUCGUCAUCCACCCCUUUGUCCUGGCCCAGCAAGGCUUGUCAUCGGGAGUACACUACUGGGAGGUCUAUGUGGGAUGCAAGACUGGCUGGAUCAUAGGGGUGACUAAAGAGUCUGUGGAACGCAAGUCACCAAUCUCGCUGACACCUCAAGAUGGCUUGUGGACUUUGGAGAGAAGAAACAGGCACUACCUGGCAAAUGAUGAGCCCCGGGUGGUCAUCUUUUCAGGGUUUCGGGCGCAAAUAAUUGGAGUUUAUCUUGAUUACGACAGAGGGCAUGUGGCCUUUUACAAUGCUGACUACAUGAACCGAAUAUACACCUUCAGAGGCACGUUCACAGAGACAAUGUACCCCUUGUUUAGCCCAGGUUUUAAUUUCACGCCACUGAGAAUAAUCCAUAUAAAUCCUUUAAAAGGUAGUGUUGUGAAGUAAAUGCAAUAACAUUUGAAGCUGCCGGUGAACCUAUUGCAGAUAUAACUUGUGCCUACCUAAAAACAGCUGGCUCAUAGCAGCAUCCAACUCAACUGCAAAUACAUUCAAAUUUCUCUUAAAUCUGUUAGAAACUAUUUAGUUUUAUCUCUCCCUUUCUAUCUUUGCAUCC